UUAUCUGCAGGUUCUGAUGAGUGGAGGAUUGUUCUGGUUGGGAAGACGGGAGUGGGGAAGAGUUCAACAGGAAACACCAUCUUAGGUGAUGAAGUGUUUGAGUCUGAAGUGUCUGCAGUGUCUGUCACAUCUGAGUGCAGGAAAGUAAGUGGAGAGGUUGAAGGGAGAAAGGUUACAGUCGUUGAUACUCCAGGACUGUUCGACACAACUUUAACCAAUGAAGAAGUGAUGAAGACGAUCACAAAGUGCAUUGAUAUGUCUUCUCCUGGUCCACAUGCCUUCCUGGUGGUUCUUCAGGUGGGCAGAUUCACAGAGGAGGAGAAAGAAACAGUGAAACUGAUUCAACAAAUGUUUGGUGAAGAAGCAUCUGAACACAUGCUGAUGUUGUUCACUAAUGGAGACAGACUGAAGAAUAAAUCCAUUGAAGAGUUUCUCUCAAAGAGCAAAGACCUGAAACGCAUCAUCCAGACGUUUUACGGCCGUUAUCACGUCUUCACCAACAACAACAGCGACCCGCCACAAGUCAGUCAGCUUCUGGAUAAAAUACAGAAGAUGAUUGCAAUGAAUGGAGGAUCACACUACACUGCAGAAAUGCUCCAGAAAGCAGAAGAAGUCGUCGCGAAGGAGAAAGAACGGAUCCAGAAAGAGAAUGAAGCCCAGAGGAAGAAAGAGCUGGAGGAGCUGAAGGCCCAGUGCAGGGCAGGAAUGUGA